UGAAAAUGGGCUGAUUCAACUCAAACACUGGCAAGAAAGGGAGGCAACAAGAGAAUGAAAAUGACCAGUUCACCCCCAUAGUAGUGGACUAUGGCUCCCUUCCUCAGCCAAGAGAGUUCAGUCCUGAGAAAUAAGAAGGAAGCAGAUGAAAUUAUUGAAAAACUUGUAGAUCCAGUCGAAUUUGCAGUUAAAAAUCUUGACCAAGAGAAUCCAACCAGACUUGAUGUUACCCGACUUCUUCCGAUCGAUUUAGAAGCAGUUUGAUAUAAAUAAGGGGAUAGAAGAUGUAUCAAAAGAUGAAUUUAUAAACCAGGCUUAUAAGUGUAUCAAUCUGGUUAGGAUGGCACCGGUUUUCUUCGCCAAUAACAUCCUGGAAUGAGUCCAGAGCAGAUAUUGAUCAAACAAAGAUUACCACACCUUCGAUGGACUGAGGUUCAUCACAAUGGAUGGAGUCUCAAAGUGUAAUGAAGUCCUUGAUGAGCUCGGAAAAAUGUCAAAGGUACCUCAGCUGAUCUGGUCUGAUACUCUCAGUGACGCUGCCUUCAUCAUGAGUGACGAUGUUGGCCUGAAUACUUAUGAAAAAGAGAAAUAUCGGCUAAACUACCUCAAACUUGAGCUUUACCCUGAUGAGAAAGAUGACAAAGGGCUCAGGUUAACUGAAUUUAAGGAGCAUAAGUCAGUAAUUGGCUUUGAAUGUGUCUGCAAUAUUCUGAUUGAUGACGGAGGCAUCUUUACCGAUGGAGCACUAAAGGCAUUGAUGGACCCUGAUAUGGCCUUUGUAGGUAUUGGUUACAAAGAAAUAAACGAUACUCGCUCUAACUAUAUAGUAAUAGCCAAUAGACCUCCCCUAGAGGAUAAGGAAAUUGCCAAAUUGACUUACGAAGACCUUGAGCCCGAAUUCGAUCCUAAAAGUGACCCUCUCUACCCAUUCAAUUUCUAA